GAUUACGGCUCAACAGAAGUACUCUCGCGAGGUUCAAGGGUUUCCCGUUGCCCCUCUCCCUCUCCCUUCUACCGCCGCCACAAUCCGCCCCACCGCCGGCGACGGGACACGGCAAGGCGGGCCUCCUUUCACCGUCGUCUCUCCCCGCGCCGGCAGGCCAUGCAGCUCACCUCCUCCCCGCCCUCGAGCUAUAUCCCGAUGGCCCACGUGAAGUCCGACGCUGUGGAGCACGUGAAGUCCGACGCUGAGGAGUGGUCCGACUCCGACCUGGACGAUGCUUCGGACUCCGAGGUGGGCGAUGCACUCGAUUGGCUUGACGCGGUCGAGGGCCCCGACGGCUCCGCCCGUCCCGCCGGCGCCUUCUCGGCCUCCGGAUGCGGGGCCGUGGCGCGCAGGCCUAACGCUCACGGCGGCGUGCUCUCCCGCCCAUUCCAGCCGCUCUCCAACCGCACCCAGAAGCUGGCCUCGCACAUUCGUGCUGCCCCCCUGGAGGAGUGGGAGGGUAGGAUGAACGUGGGAAUGUCAAAUUCAGUCACCACUGCAAUCAGGGAUAGCAUAAGGGGCACAGCAAUUGGGAAGAUAAGGAACACUGAGAAGGCUGAUCGUGCUACAGUGGAGCAGGCUAUUGACCCAAGAACACGCAUGGUUUUAUUCAAGAUGUUAAACCGUGGUGUUUUUGAUAAUAUAAACGGCUGCAUUUCUACAGGGAAAGAGGCAAAUGUCUAUCAUGCAACAAAGACAGAUGGCCAGGAGCUAGCAAUUAAAGUCUACAAAACCUCUGUCCUUGUUUUUAAGGAUCGAGACCGAUAUGUUCAAGGAGAUUAUCGUUUUAGAUACGGUUACUGCAAGCACAAUCCUCGGAAAAUGGUUAAGACCUGGGCUGAAAAGGAAAUGAGGAAUCUUAUGCGAGUGCGAGCAGCUGAUAUCCGAUGCCCAAAACCGUUGCUCCUGAGGCUUCAUGUACUGGUGAUGGAAUUCAUAGGGAAAGGAGGUUGGGCUGCUCCUCGUCUCAAGGAUGCUGCUUUGUCAGAUGACAAGUUGCGAGAAAGUUACUUUGAGAUAAUUACAAUAAUGCGGACUCUUUACCAAAAGUGCAAACUGGUCCAUGGUGAUUUGAGUGAAUACAACGUUCUUUAUUUUGAGGGCCACUUGUAUAUUAUUGAUGUUUCACAAUCCGUUGAUCUUGAUCAUCCUUCAGCAUUGGACUUUUUGAAGGAAGAUUGCUUGCACGUUUCUGAUUUUUUUAAAAAGCGAGGUGUUCCUGUCAUGCCAGUAAUAGAUUUAUUUAAUUUUGUUGUUGAUCAAAACAUUGCUGAUGAAGAUGUUGAUGCUUACCUGGAGAAGGUUCAGCAAAAGAUUGUGGAAAAUGGAGGUGCAGUUCCAAAUGAUGAUGAAAUUACUCCCACAGUCAUGGUUCAGACAUUGGAUUACAUGAAGCAAUGCGAGGCAGAUAUUGUCAACAUGUCAAUGAUGCAACGUUCAUCCUCUGGCUACGAGCCACCGGCAGAUAAGCUUUAUGAUCAGCCACUGUUAGGGUUUGUGCGGACUAAAAAUGUGCACACUGAAAAGCAGCAAGAUCGAUUACCUCAAAACACAGCAGAAGCGCACUUGGAUCUGCAGAACAAAUGCGCAUUGGAGCUUCAAAACAGGUGCUCAUUGGAGAACCUAGCGGAAGGUGAAGAAGAUGAUAGUGAAUCUUGCUCCAGUUCAGAUGAAGACGACUCAUGGCACGAGGCUGAUCCGAAGUUGGGACCCGAGGAAAGAAAAGCUGCUCGGAAGGCAAACAAGAAGAAAGUGAAGGAAGAGAAGAGGGAAGCUCGCAAGAGCAAGAAACCGAAGGCUGAGAAAAAGAAGAGGAAGAAAUUGGCGAAAGCAAAGUGCAAGCGGUAGUAAACCUCUGUGGGUAGUAAACCUCCAGCAAUAGUUAAUUACUAAUAGCUACAAUCCUUGUCCGUGUCAUCUAUAGCUAUCUUAAUAUGCAGUCCUCCAAAUGGACUAGCUAUUGCAUUAUCUACAAUUUUGUUGUGGACCCACUUGUAAUAGAGUACUAAAAGUUUCAUGCAUCUUGUAAUACCGUAUAGACUAGCUACUUUUUUUUCGGUCCAUGUAACUCAUGUCUACAUAGACAAUUCUGACAUGGACAUGUUGCUAGCUGAGGUGGCCUUGGAGGUGCCCUCAGGUACAUAUCUUCCCGUUGUUGCAAACUUUUUUGAUUAGUUUCUAAUGUAUCACUAAAAAACUACUGCUAUGUAACGUCCUCGAUUUGAA